AAAAGUUCUGAGGAAUUUUGAUUUAAACCGAAAUGUUAUGUCCUGAUAGCCCUGAAGGCCAAGUAGUGCAGCAACAGCAAACUAGUGAAGAGAUUAAAGAACAGGAAAAAGUAAAGAACAAGAAAACUAAGAAAGUACCAACAGAAGGAUCUGGUACCUUGGAACUCAAUUCCUAUAAAAGUCCAAAAACUUGGAGAAAAUCUAUUACUAAUUUCUUUCGAAAUCAAACACGUUCUACUAGAUCUAAUGAAGGAGACAGACCAACUGGUAGCAAAGAAAAAUUUGAAGAGAAGGAUAUAAAUCCCGAACAAAAGUGGCAGUCCUUAGGAAAAAUGUUUAGACGCCAAAGCUUAGUUGAACAUUGGAACAAGUCCGCAAAUCAAGGCGAGUGUUCUGCACCUAACAAACGACUUGCUGUAAAAAAAGUGAUAUCUAAUUACUUUGGUAAUAAAAACUAAGUAUAUUGGCUUUUUAAAUGAAAAAUUGUGCGUUACG